CGCCGGCGUAGCCAUUUUCUGCGGAUAAACGUGUUGUGGACACGAAAGUUGUGUGACAAAAUGGCUCAUUUUGUACCCCCUCAGAUACAGGAAAACCCGAAUGGUUGGGGCCCAUCAGCCAUUCCAGAUCAAUUUAAAGAUAUGCCGUAUCAGCCGUUCUCAAAAGGAGACCGAUUGGGAAAGGUAUCUGACUGGACAGGAGCUACCUACCAAGAUAAGCGAUACUUAGGAAAGUAUAACUCCGCUUUUGGAGGAUCUGGUAGUCAGUACGCCUAUUACCAUGAAGAAGAUGAGAGUAGUUUUCAGCUGGUGGACACGGCCCGUACCCAGAAACCUCUCUAUCAGCGUGGUCGAAGGCUCUUUAACCAGAAUAAACAGAGACGGGAGAGGGAGAGGAGACAGCAGCAGGCUCAAACCAGCAUGCAGGCGCUGUCUAAAACCCACAAGAACAGAGAGAGAGAUCGUCAGAGGCAGCUGCGUAAAUGGCAGAAGCAGUUUGGGCGUAACACCCAGGAUAACAGGAACAAGGCACCCAUUAAGAACCGUGACGCCUCAGUGCAGGUGCGCGACAGCUGGGCCGUUGUGGAGGAAAUGGACUUCCCUCGCCUGGCUAAGCUGUCCCUGCCCAGUAUAGAGGAGCCGAAAGACCUGACUACAUGUGGUCUGCUGGAGCUGUAUGACAAGACUUACGAUCGUGUGACCACGAAAUCUGAGAGACGUCUGAAGAGGAUUAAUAGGAUUUUCCACAAAGUCACAACAACGGACGAUCCAGUUAUCAGACAGCUUGCCAAGACGGAGGGAAAUGUGUUUGCCACAGACACCAUCCUGGCCACUCUGAUGUGCUGUACCCGGUCUGUCUAUUCCUGGGAUAUCAUUGUCCAACGUGUCGGCAAGAAACUCUUCUUUGACAAGCGUGAUGAUUCUGAUUUUGACCUGCUGACAGUCAGUGAAACAGCCACGGAACCCCCACAGGAAGAGGGGAACAGUAUCAACUCUCCACGCAACCUGGCUCUGGAAGCGACGUACAUUAACCAUAACUUCUCCCAACAAGUCUUGAAAGCUGGUGAAGAGAAGUUUAAGUUUGAGAAACCAAACCCAUUUGGUCAGGCUGAGGAUGAGGGAGAGGUAGCAUCUGUAGGAUACAGGUAUAGGAAAUGGGAGUUGGGUAAUGACAUCACCUUGAUAUGUCGAUGUGAACACGAUGCUGUCAUGACGGGACCAAAUGGCGAGAACCAGUUCAUAAAUGUUAAAGCGCUUAAUGAAUGGGAUUCUAGAUUUUGUGGCGGUGUUGACUGGCGUACAAAGUUAGACUCCCAGAGAGGUGCAGUGCUAGCGACAGAGUUGAAAAACAACAGCUGUAAGUUGGCUAAAUGGACGGUAUGUGCCUUACUAGCAGGAUCUGACCAGAUCAAGUUUGGGUAUGUAUCACGCUUACACCUGAGAGAUUCGGCCAAACACGUCAUCCUGGGUACUCAGCAGUUCAAGCCAAACGAGUUUGCUAACCAGAUUAACCUGAACAUGGACAAUGGUUGGGGCCUGCUUAGAUGUAUUGUUGAUACCUGUAUGAAGCUGAAGGAGGGGAAAUACCUGAUCAUGAAGGACCCCAAUAAGCCUAUGAUCCGUAUCUACGACAUCCCUGAUGACACCUUUGAGACGGAUGAGGAUGAUGACAGUGACUCUUCUGAGGAGGAGGAAGAAAGUGACCAGGAGGAAGAUGAGCCUGAGAAAUAGUCACAAUCAAGAAUGCCUACGGAAUUCAUGACUAAUUUUCCACAUCAUCUUCUGAGGAAUUAAUCGGAAACCAUUCAGUCCUCUGAAUGCCAUCUGAAUGCAGUUUACACCAGUAUAUUCUCUUCCUUUAUUGUUGUUUUUCUCAUGCCAAUUUAAACUUAAUGCUGGCAGGAAAAUCUUCCUCUGAAUAUGAAGAAUUUAAAGGGAGAUCACUCCUCCUUGAAAUGCAUCAUCAUGAAAUAUAAGACAAGACAAAUGCAAAAUAGUGUGAUUAUUUCCAGUAUAUUGAUACAUGUAAAUUCAAUCAAAAAAGAUUUUAAAUAUAUAAAGUUGUCCUUAACAAUUGAAAUUGUAGAUGUAAUGAAUUCGGACAUUUGUCCGUAUUUGUGCAAACUGUAUUUCUUCAACUCUCUCAUCAUGGUGCUGGAAUAAAUUUCGUCUUGAGACAUGAAA